GCUGUUGAGGAUUUGCAACGGUGGUCCAUCGAACGGCUGGUUGCAAAACAUUAUCGGUAUUCUUUCGCGCAUAGACUUGUGAGAGCGUUUACGAGGUCCCCGUCCGCAAUCAUUUGGUGUCGUGCUUGCUUGGGUGCAUAGUAAUGGAUCUCUCGUACUUGGAGGCAAGUGUUGUCCUUAGCGCAAGUGGAACCGACACAUGUUUCGCGGCCUAAACUCGCUACAACGAUACAUUCCGACUUGUUUACCGACAUGGACACAGGAGUACUUGGACAUCGUCGAGGAUUUGUCGUUUGAGGCUGGACGUGGGUUGAGCAAGUUGAAGGAGGUUGAUCGACCAUGUACAGAUCAAAGAAAAACUCUCACAAGCGAGAUGACGGAUCUCCUAACAAACCUGCCUACACUACCCCAUCAAGAACUUGUUUCCAAAAUGCGGUAUCUGACCACCCUCAUGAGCGAACUACGUUCGCUAGUUGAGGAGCGUGUAUUGUGUGCCAUCGAGGUUGGGGACGAGGUUGAAGAACGGGUGAGGAGGUUAGAGGGUGUUUGUGAGGAGAUGGGUGUUGAGCCGGUUUUGGAUAAUAACAAGACCUACAAGUGUCCGUACGGUACGCCCACUCAGAGGCAGUUUACACCGUCUGCCAUACAUCGUGUACCAAAGCGAGAUGGUCAACUCAAGCGAUUGUUUGGUCCACCACGAUCUCAUCCCGAUGAGGAAGUGUCAUUAGGGCAGCCGCCGUGUCAGCGGAUACCACCCAAAUUCGUACCACACGACACUGUCCUGGAGGAGAAAAAGGAGGCUGCACGCGCUGCUGAACGGUGUGAACAGGAAGGGAAGGUCCCGACACGACCUAGGCGAACUGGAUCUGGAACUGCCGUAUCUGGGGAGGGUGAAGUGCGGGUUACAGCGAGUCCCGUCAAGGUAAAAGAAAAGGAUCGAGACAAGAAGAGGGUGAACGGCGGUGAGGCGCCCAUGGGAAAGCGGGUCAAAAUAAAGAGAUCCAAGCCGAGCGUAUACUGCUUUUGUAAAGAAGAUAUCGGACCUGAGGCUCCCAUGAUUGAAUGCUCUACAGGAUCGGCAUGUCCAGCGGGUCACUGGUUCCAUUUUAUAUGUGUGGACGUUACCAAGGCCCCUCGAGGGAAAUGGUGGUGUCCUGGAUGUCGGGAUCGGUGACGCUUGGCUUUGAUGGGAAAUUUGAUUGCGAUGGGGCCAUUUUUAUUUCACACCUUUUCGCAGACAAUGCAAAAUUAAUCUAAGCAUUCAAAGCAAUUUACAGAAAGGUGUUACGGCUUGUAAACGAAGGGAUUGGUUACGUUUUUUACUCUUUAAUGCAUCUACCAAUCUCCAUCCAGUAAUCUUCCA